UCAUUGCCGACUAAGUUGAUAUUCCUGUUGCUGCUGGGGUUGUCCUGCAUUUAUUCCGGGCUCCAAUUUCUACAAGUUUUUCUCCCGACUUUUUUUCCCUUUCCGUAAACCCGGACUCGCAAUUCUUACUCCCGAGGAAGUGAGGUUGGAUACAAAGCCAUUCUCCUUGCCUCACCUUGCAACUUUACGCUCCCCGGGGUGGGAAAUCUUGCAACAUGUUCGAUCUGAAUCUCGAGACCGCGUCGGGCCUAGCGGUCGUGCGCAUCGGCCUCCCGCCCUCUUCUUUAUUGAAAUUUCCCCCGGACGAGCUCCCUGCCACUCUUCCAGCGCCCCAGGCCUCUGAGCCGACAUGGAACCAACCGUUCAAUAUUCCUCCCCAGCUGUAUAACCAACUUCUAGAUGUGCGCGUCCCCAUCACCAUCGCCAGCGUGUACGCCGUCACCGUUUGUCUGCUCAACCGUGUGAACAAGAGUCGCGGAUACAAACCCUGGGGAUUCAGUCAGACAAAGCUCUUCAAGGCUUUCGUCAUCCUUCACAAUGUCUUCCUCGCCGUGUACUCCGCAUGGACUUUCGCCGGCAUGUUCCAGGCGUUCCGCAACUCGUGGCCUGACCGGGAUGAUCCGAACGGCCUCAUGGGUGUGGUGGAUGCGCUCUGCAAGAUUAAUGGUCCCCGGGGCUACGGAAAUGCCGCCACCUACAACGCUUUGACCGACCAGUGGUCCAUUCAGAAUCCCCAAUACAAGCUAGCCGACGGCGGGGUGCCUGAUCCUACCGAUGUCGGUCGGAUGUGGAACCAAGGAUUGGCCUACCUGGGCUGGAUCUUCUACUUGUCCAAGUUCUACGAGGUUUUGGAUACUGCGAUUAUCCUGGCCAAGGGCAAGAAGAGCUCGACCCUGCAAACUUACCACCACGCCGGUGCCAUGAUGUGCAUGUGGGCCGGUAUCCGUUACGUCGCCCCUCCCAUCUGGAUCUUCACCCUGGUCAAUUCGGGAAUCCAUGCAAUGAUGUACACUUAUUAUACCCUGACUGCGUUGCGCAUUCGUGUCCCCACCGUGAUUAAGCGCUCCCUGACCUCCAUGCAAAUUACCCAGUUCCUGGUCGGAACCACCUGGGCUGCCUCUUAUCUCUUUGUCCACUACACUCUCCCUCCCCAGACUAAGGCUGCUGCCGCAGCUUCUGCAGUCCGCUCUACCAUGGCUACCGCAGCUGCUUCCGGUGUCGCCCCAUGGCUCAAGAAGCUCGGCUUCCGGGCAGCUGGUGCGGAAGGUAUUGCCGAAAAUGUGGGCUAUUCGCCGGAGAUCCCUGACAAUAUGUCGCAGCCUCAUGUAGGUCCCAUGGUUACUUGCAUGGACACCAGUGGCCAAGGUUUUGCGAUCUGGCUCAACGUAACUUAUCUUCUGCCCCUGACUUACCUUUUCGUCCGCUUCUUCAUCCGUUCCUAUCUGUCUCGCAAGGAACCCAGUCCUCAGCAGCCCACCCACAUGCAUGCCGCUGAGAAGGCCGGUCUCGAUGCAUUGCACCGCGUGAGCCGUGAGAUUCAGAAGUCCGUCGAGAUGAGUGGCGAAACGAGCGAAGCCACUGAGGAUGAGGCUAUCAACAAGGCCCAGGCACUCCGGAAGAAGUCCCAACAGCCCGCCGCCGAUAACUCUCCGAUCCGGACUCGCGCGUCUUCGAAGCAGAAGGCACGUCUGGCCAACCAAGAGCCUGCACAGGGCUUCUCCCCGGUGAAGAAUGGUGCUAAGAAGCUCACCAAGGAGGAAGUUGAGGGUCCCACAGACGUUUCCAGCGUCAAGGACAAGAAUCCCUAUGAUGUCCUGAACAGAAAUGCUUAAGACUUCAUCUUGUUAGUCCUGAAAAAAAAAAAAAAAAACAUCAACCCUUACACAUUUGCACUGCCCGAGAACCACCUAUAGCGAACUAUAAAUUCCAAAUGGGCAACCAACCCGAAGCAGAAAAUUUCUCCUUGUUUCAUGUUCCGAAAACGUUAUCCACGAUGAGAAGAACAGAUCGGAUAUGAACCUGACGAGCCUCGGGGACCCCCUACCGGUCUGGUCACCCCAUGAGAUCAUGUAUCGCCGUUAGCGACCCAUGACCUGAUCAGAGCCGCGGGGGUUAUCAUUUCGAGUUACGCCAUCAAGAGAAGACAGGUCCUAUAAUGCGCUAAUAGUCAUUCGGCUGGCUCUUUUUUCCUCGUGUCCUUUUCUUUUUCUUUCUUGAAUUUACUUUUGUCUUGAUAGAGUUC